AUGAAUGAAGUUCUAAGGAAGCCCAAGGAAGCUCGUCGGAAGGAGAGCUCAUAGAAGUUCCACAUAGACACUAAGCACACUAGUGGGAAAUGAAAGUUUUUGAGUGGUUACUGUCCAUGUGAUGGUCGCCACUAAAUUCAAAUCUAACCCUGAAGACUCUCAAGUCUGAACUCACUGUUUGGUCGUAAGAGUUCCCUGCGUCCCUGGCCUUGUUGCUCUGGGCGAUUGUACCUGUCUCCAUUGCUCACUUGUAGGUUUUGGCACCCUCUCCCUCACCCCAGCCUUUACAUUCUUAUUGUUUUGAUUGAAGUCGGUGAUGGACACUCAACUUCUAUCUUUUAAGCGGAGCAACUGUUACAUUAAUUUGUGCAAGAGCCACCAUUUUCAUAUAAUUGGUGCCCCAAAAUACUCAUAUUGUCAGUCUUCCCAUUUCACAGGUUCAACUAAUAAAGCUGUACGAUGUUCAAUGAAGUCUUAUAGGCUGUCAGAACUUACUUAUACUGAGGUGAAUAGCCUGAAGACUCGCCCUCGUAUCAAUUUCUCUUCCAUUUUCGGCUUGGUCCAGCCCAUUGUUGAUGAUGUUUGCUGUAGAGGUGAUGCUGCAGUAAAAGACUAUACUGCAAAGUUUGACAAAGUUGACGUGGAUAAGAUAGUCGAAAUUGUUUCUGAACUUCCAGAUCCAGAGCUUGAUCCAUCUAUUAAAGAGGCAUUCGAUGUGGCAUAUGACAAUAUCUAUGCAUUUCAUGCAGCCCAGAAGUUAGUUGAGAAAAGUGUUGAGAACAUGAAAGGUGUCAAAUGCAGACGUGUAGCAAGGAGCAUUGCUUCUGUUGGACUCUAUGUUCCUGGAGGGACUGCAGUUUUACCAUCAACUGCUCUGAUGCUUUCAGUUCCUGCUCAGAUUGCUGGGUGUAAAACUGUAGUUCUUGCAACUCCCCCUGCUUUAGAUGGCAGCAUAUGCAAGGAGGUGCUUUAUUGUGCCAAGAAAGCUGGUGUGACUCACAUUUUAAAAGCUGGAGGAGCUCAGGCCAUUUCUGCCAUGGCUUGGGGCACAAUAUCUUGCCCAAAGGUUGAGAAAAUUUUUGGGCCUGGAAAUCAGUAUGUUACUGCUGCAAAAAUGAUUCUUCAAAACAGUGAAGCUAUGGUUUCAAUUGAUAUGCCUGCGGGCCCUUCUGAAGUCCUGGUCAUUGCUGACAAACAUGCUAACCCUGUUCACAUAGCUGCUGACUUGCUUUCUCAGGCUGAGCAUGGCCCUGAUAGCCAAGUUGUCCUUGUAAUGUCUGGUGAUGGUGUGGAUUUAAGAGCAAUUGAGGAGGAAAUCAGCAAGCAGUGCCAAAGCCUUCCAAGGGGUGAAUAUGCUUCAAAAGCACUAAGCCACAGUUUCACGCUGUUUGCUCGUGAUGUGGUUGAGGCAGUUUCUUUUUCAAAUGUAUAUGCACCUGAGCACCUGAUUGUCAAUGUGAAGGAUGCAGAAAAGUGGCUGGGUUUCAUUGAGAAUGCAGGUUCUGUGUUUCUAGGGCCCUGGACACCUGAGAGUGUGGGAGAUUAUGCAAGUGGGACAAACCAUGUCCUUCCAACAUAUGGGUAUGCACGGAUGUAUGGUGGGGUGUCCCUAGAUUCCUUCCUUAAGCACAUGACGGUGCAGUCUUUGACAGAGGAGGGCCUAAAAAUUCUUGGUCCAUUCGUAGCAACCAUGGCUGAAGUUGAAGGGCUGGAAGCACACAAAAGAGCAGUAACCCUUAGACUAAAAGAUAUUAAAGCAAGAAAGGUUCCCAUUAUGGAUUAGUUUCCAUAAGAGCACCCUUUUGUCAUUUUAUUGCCAUUUUAUGGAGGUUGGCCUCAUGCUGACUCAUAAAUUUCUGGACGUAUAUGGUCACUAGCUUGGAUUUGGUGUUUAAAAGUGCAAACCAGGGCUAGGCAGCGAUGUCUUGAGGCCCCAUCAUUAAUGAUUGAAAUUGUGGCCAACAUUUUGCUGUAUACUCCUGUCUCUUUCAGCUGGUUCUAGUGAUUGGAACAAAUGCUGGUUUUUCUCCUUUUACAACUCUGGAAUGGUUACUUUAAUCCAGGCGUGUUUGGAAGUGACAUGCAGGAUGAAUUGCAUAUGCAGCGUUGAAUAUAAAUGCAAGGGGAAGGUGUGCAAGUGAAACAGAGUUAAAUGCUUGAAUCCGGCUGACAGGUAUGGGACUACUGUCAUUUUUUAAGGUGAACCUUCUUUGACCUUUCCCAGUUGUUGGGAGUAGCCAAGUGUGUGUGUGUGUGUGUGAACAAUAUCCCAUGCCAAGGCUUUUUGGCAGUUCUGGUGAACACUUCUGAGUAAACCGCUUCAUAUAAGCUUAUGUAAGUUCUUUUGAUGAAAAAUGUUAUUUUUAGGUCUUUUUGUAGUAACCAUGGUUCUUGUCCAAACAUGAACUCAUGCAUAAGCAAUCCUGUGAGAUAUUCUUCUUCA